GCCAAGGGCUCUAGGCAGUGGAUUCAGCUUUGGUCAGGACCCAAGGCACCCAGCCCGCCCUGAGACAUUGUAUGAACCGGGCAGGGCCUCCAGACACAACCCCUGCGCCCCUCCCCAGCCAGGGUGGUGCUUGUGUGGGAAGGAGCUUAAAUCCUGCUGCCAGACCCCCGGACAGGAGAGGCAGAGAGGGCUGACCACCAUGCACACCUCCUACAGCCUCCAGGCCCUGCUGCCGCCCCUGCUGCUGCUGCUGCUGCUGGGAGCCACUGCAGCCCUCAAGGAGGAGGAAAAGCUGGCCAUGGUGAAGCUGCACAACCUCUACCGCGCCCAGGUGUCCCCUCCCGCCUCCAACAUGCUGCUGAUGAAAUGGGACGAGGAGCUGGCGGCCUUCGCCAAGGCCUACGCGCAGAAGUGCGUCUGGGGCCACAACACGGAGCGCGGGCGGCGCGGGGAGAACCUGUUCGCCAUCACGGACGAGGGCAUGGACGUGCCGCUGGCCGUGGAGGAGUGGCACCAGGAGCGCCAGCACUACAACCUCAGCGCAGCUGCCUGCGACCCGGGCCAGGUGUGCGGCCACUACACGCAGGUAGUCUGGAGUAAGACAGAGAGGAUCGGCUGUGGUUCCCACUUCUGUGAGACGCUCCAGGGAGUUGAGGAGACUAACAUCCACUUACUGGUGUGCAACUAUGAGCCCCCGGGGAACGUGAAGGGGCAGAGGCCCUACCAGGAGGGGACUCCGUGCUCCCAAUGCCCCGCUGGCUAUGACUGCAAGAACUCGCUCUGCGUGAACUUGGCCGAACCCAGGAGGGGCCCAGAAGAAACGCAGGAUUUGCCUCAUCUGGAAACUGAGGCCCGGACCACUCUGGCAACUGAAGUCUCAGGCUCUAAGGAAACUGAUAGUCCAACAGUAGCCACAGAGAUUCCAUCCUUCUCUAUAACAGAGGUCUCAGGCUCCCCAGCAACCAAGGUCCCAACUUCCUUAGCAACAGAGAAGCCCUUCUCCAUGGCAACAGAGGCUCAGCCCUCCCUAGCCUCUGAGGUCCCUUCUGCUCUUGCAACUCAGAGACCACAUUCCUCAGAUGAAGGACUAGUUAUCUUCCCACAGUCAACCCGUGAUUCUGUCCCCAAGCCUGUGGACAAAGGAGCCAGCAAGACAAGCAUACCCUCCACCGGCCCAGAGAUAUCUCUGUACCCCAAGAUGUUCCCUAAAGGGGCAGGAGAGCCCCUACCCCAUUCCCCCGAGGAGGCCGAGGCCGAGCCGCCUUCUCCCAGUGAGGUCUUGACCGCAGUUUUUCCAGUGGAGGACAAUCCAGGUGAACUGCAGGUCACAGCGGACCACACAGGCCACACCUCCUCCAUGUCCCUGCCCAAUUCCCCCAUCGCCUCGGCUAAUGCCAUGGGCGGGCUGACCCUGGCCCUGCAGUCAUCCUUGCCAGGGACAGAGGCUGAAGAGCCCCAGAGGGAGCUAAGGCUGAACUCCAGUCACAGCUGUGCCCCUCUCCUGGUGCUGCUGCUGCUCCCCCUGCUGUUGGCUUCCAUACUCUGAUCGGGACACCAAAGGCAAAGCCCGGCCCAGGAGCAGGGCCUCUCCCCACUCUGGAUCGUGUUCCUCCGAACGACAGGCCGCAGCUUUCUAGGCAGGUCCUGCUCUGUGGCCCAACAGCCCCCAUCACCCCAUCUUCUGGACAGAUUCCAGGCCAGGACUCCUGUCCCCCUGGGAGCUUCCACCGGGGCCCCUCAGGUACGGCUCCAGGGGUUCCUCUUCCUCUGGGAGUCCGGCCUCUCAGGGGCCACAGAUGGUUCUGAGGGGUGUUCCAGUGGUCACCGGUUGUCACCUCCAGCAGCCUGUGGCCCCAGCCUGCUCUCCCGGGGCCAGGCAAUCUUGGUCUCUCCAAGAGCUCCUGGUCCCCUUCCAGUGUCCCAGCCUCUUCUGUGAGCUACCUGAGCCCAGAAGGGCUGUCCCCAGAGGGCCUCCUGCCUUCCCAGGGUGAAGAGAGCAGCUGCCCAACUGCCAUGUCCCCUACCUUGCUUCUGGCCCCCAAACAAGACAUUUCCUGGCCAACAGCCUCCUGAAGGGCAAGACUUCAAGGCUGGGUCUCCUUCGUGACACCCGCUGGCUGCCAGCCAUGACCGCGCCUCCCUGCCCCUCCCACCCCUUCCAGCCCAGUCCUGCACAAGGCCCGUUCUGGGCGCUCUGCUUGGGCAGUGUCCAGAGCCUGAGCUCUCCAUGUGCCCGCACAGCCGGGGGGUGGGGGCCAGUGCGGAGGCACAAGGAUCAGAUGAGGAGCCAGCCUCACCCAAGUGGGGUUCUAUGAAAGUGGAGGGCAGAGAUGGGGGGUAGGGCUCCCUGAAUAAACUCCUGAAUAAAGCCUG